AUGGAAGAUCUUCCAUCACCACUUCCACCAAAAACAUACACACUAACAGCAACUUCAAUCUCUUACACCAAAAACCUACAAACAAACAACAUCAUCGUUGCACCAUUUCUCAUCUUCAAAAACUGCACACCAACCUACAUCCUCAAAGAUGUUUCCCUCACAGCUUACCCUUCUGAGAUUCUCGCCAUUGUAGGACCAAGUGGUGCAGGAAAAUCAACCCUUUUAGACAUUCUUUCAGCUCGAAGAUUACCCUUAAGUGGAACACUUUCACUUAACUCUUCACCUAUUACCAACCCUUCAACAUUCAGAAAACUCUCAGCUUAUGUUCCUCAACAUGAUGCGUGUCUUCCUAUGUUAACCGUUGCCGAAACAUUCGCCUUUUCUGCUUCUCUUCUUAAGCCUAAAACAAUUGAUAUUGCUUCCAUUGUUUCAUCUCUUUUGAAUGAGCUUAGACUAACACAUUUGGCUAACACAAGGCUUAAUCAUGGUUUAUCUGGUGGUGAACAUAGAAGGGUCUCUAUAGGACUUAGUCUUCUUCAUGAUCCUGCUGUUUUGUUACUUGAUGAACCUACUUCUGGUCUUGAUAGUUCAUCUGCUUUCAAAGUCAUGCAAACUCUUAAAUCAACUUGUGUUUCAUAUAAUAGAACCAUUGUUCUUUCCAUUCACCAACCAAGUUUCAAGAUUCUCUCUUGCAUUGAUAGAAUCUUGCUUCUUUCAAAAGGAACUGUUGUUCAUCAUGGAAGUUUAGCUUCACUUCAAUCCUUCUUGCAUUCAAAAGGGUUCACUGUUCCACAUCAGCUUAAUGCAUUGGAAUAUGCUAUGGAAAUAUUAAACCAAUUGAAUGAGGUUAGUCUUAGUCCAAUGAUUACUCUACCUAGUCCACCUGAAUCAGCAGAAAGUUCUAAAUCUACUAUAGUUUCUUCUCUAUCUGACAAUAUUGGAAGAACUAAAAGAAAAAGCAAAGAUCUCAGGUACAAGAGUUCAAGGAUUCAUGAAAUUUGUACACUUUUUAAACGUUUCUGGAAGAUCAUAUACAGAACAAGACAACUUCUUUUGACAAACACAGCAGAAGCACUUCUGGUUGGUCUUGUUUUAGGAACAAUUUACAUCAACAUUGGGUUUGAUAAAGAAAGUAUUGUGAAAAGGUCUGGUUUAUUUGCAUUCACUCUAACCUUCUUACUAUCUUCCACAACUGAAACACUUCCAAUCUUUAUCAAUGAGAGACCAAUCUUGUUAAGAGAAACAUCAAGUGGUGUUUAUAGGCUGUCAUCUUAUCUUAUAGCCAACACACUUGUUUUCUUGCCAUAUUUGCUAGUAGUUGCUGUUAUUUACUCUAUUCCAGUUUAUUUCUUGGUUGGUCUUUGUAGUUCUUGGUUAUCUUUUGCUUAUUUUGUUCUAGUCAUUUGGGUUAUAGUUCUUAUGGCAAACUCAUUUGUCCUUUUCUUGAGUUCUCUUGCACCAAACUACAUUGCUGGAACUUCACUCUUGACAGUGCUACUUGCAGCAUUUUUUCUCUUCUCUGGUUACUUUAUCUCCAAGGAAUGUUUACCUAAGUAUUGGCUCUUCAUGCACUUCUUUUCUAUGUAUAAAUACGCGCUCGAUGCACUUCUUAUCAACGAGUAUUCUUGCUUAGCAACAAGGUGUUUGAUAUGGUUUCAAGAGAAUGAUCAUGAGUGCAUGAUCACUGGUGGUGAUGUGUUGCAGAAGAGAGGGCUCCAUGAGAGACAAAGAUGGACCAAUGUGUACUUUUUGAUUGGAUUCUUUCUUUUUUAUCGUGUCCUUUGUUUCUUGGUUUUGCUUAGAAAGAUUUCAAGAUCUAAAACUUGA